AUCCCUAUAAAUUGAGGUCAGGGUUGUCAUCAUGUUUAAUCAACAGCAGCACCAGUUAUACCAAUUAAGCAAAAUACUUGGGAGAGUUUGAAGUGGGAAAAAAGUAAAAGGAGCCAUGGAAGGAGCAGCAACUGCAACAAAAAGGGUGUUGGUGGUGAUGAUGCUUCUGCUUGCUAUUAUUGUUGUAGAAGCACAAGAAGUCUCUCCUUCCUAUGAUCCCAAUAUUCCUAAGCAAGAAAAAUUUAAUUUUUGCCAUCUGAAAUGUGGUGUCUCAUGCUUGUUCAAGUCCAAAGUCACCACUAUAAAGUUCGUGAUUUGCCUCGCCUUGUGCUUGUUCCGAUGCAGACAUCCUCAUCAAGAUCCAGUUGUCUACGAUGUACUGAAAAGUGUGUUGUAUCCAAGACCACCAUGUUUAAACCUGAAAUAUCCUAUGAUGAGGUGGAAAGUUACGUGGACUCCUGCCACGAGGGCUGCUCAAACAAAAUUAGUACCAUUGGACAUGGAUCUUAAGGUUUCCUACAGCAGUAUAAACCAAUAUCCAUGCAGUUCAAACGUUAAUUAAUGAUAGAGCAAUAAUAAAUAUAUCAAUCGGCAUGACCAAAUGAUAUAUAUAUAUAUAUAUAUAUAUAUAUCUUAGGAUUAAUUAUGUGCUAGCUGAUCAUUAAUGAUCGUUAUGUAUGUGAAGUCUGUAUGAGUUUACUCAAUCUAUCCAAAAUGAAUACCAUAAUUAUAUAUAUUAUAUUA